AUGGAAACAAGCCUCAGCAAUUUCUGCUUAUUUGAUAAUUUGCCUUCUCAUAUCAUUGAAAACAUUAUCUCAUUCUUGCCUCAAAAUGACUUGAUCAAUUUGGCGAUUGUAAACACUUUUCUCAAUAAGUUUGCCAUUGAAAAAUUGUACAACAAAAUAUUCCUAACUGAUUUGAAUUUAUCCUCUCCAUUUAAUCACAAAAGUCACAAAAGUUUCAAUACAAACUACACAAUACUAAAUUCCUCUCAAAUCACAAAUCUUGAGUCCUCGUUAUCUAAAAACAAUCGUCUAUCAAAGUUAAUCCAUCACUUCAUUAUCAAAACUGAGAUCAAUGGCCUAAUCAAAAUUCCAGUCAGAUCAACUAACCUUAACGCCCACACUAACCUCAACAACAAUGGCACUGAUAACUUGAACUACCUCAAUAACGUUGCUUAUAUCACUCAAUUAGAUGAUAACAGCUCAACUGUUAACGAUAAGAUAAACGCAUUUUCCUACAAUUCAUUAUCCUCAUUGGAUUCCUUUUCAUUCAACUCAAAUCCAUUUGAUCUAUACAUUAACUACAAAUAUCAAAAGAUAAACAACUUGAAUCUAUUAAACGACCACAUCCUAACCAAUUGCCCUAAUCUAAAAAGGUUUCAUUUUCUACAAAAGUUACCAAACCCUUUAUUAUCCAACCACAAUAAUAUUAACACUGAAAAUAAUUUAACCGCCGACACUCUCACCAACAUCAACCUAACUGCUGACACGUUUACAAACUCUUCAAUCCAAAUCUUUGAUCCUUAUGGUGCUAAAUCAUCUCUCCAAUCUUUAAAUGACUUAAUGUAUAUGGAAACCGACUCCUUAUCCUAUUAUCCCAAAAUCAAUGAUCUUUCUUUAAUUUUACAAGGUUUAAAAGAUCACAUCAAUCAGAACAAUCCCACUCACUUUAAUAACAAAUUACUAUCCAAAAGAUUCUUGAAAUCGUUGUUCAACAACAUCACUCAUCUAUCUAUCUUUUCAAAUUUCCAAUUGGCUCUCAAGUUCUUUUACGAUCUAAAUUAUUCAAUCAAUUAUCAUAAUAUUAUUCCCUCAUCCUAUAGACUAAACCUAUCUUCCUUAUCCCUAAACCAUUGUCAUGGUUUAACUACCAUCUCAUCAAAUAACCCUCAUCCAAUUACAAAUUUCAGUAUUCCCCAUAAUAAUAAUAAUAAUAAUAAUAAUAAUAAUAAUAACAACAACAAUUUUAAUAUAAAUGAUCUCAAUAUCUCUCAAAAUUUACCAUUAAUCAUCAACUCAAUCAAUCAGCAUUACUCUUCAAAAUUAAACUUCAGCAUUCUCAACCAAUUCAUCAAUCUCAAAAAAUUAAAAGACCUAAACUUGAAAAUUAACUGCAAAUUUAAUAACUGCAAUUGUCUAUUGCAAUUUCUAAAUGAUUUAACUAAAAAUCAGCAACUAUCCACAUCUCUAACUUCCUUAACUCUAAUCUUUGAAUUUAGCAUUAAAAAUCAAUCAUAUCUUUUCAAAAGUUAUCAAAUCUUAUUAGCGCUAUUUAAUACCAUUGACAAAACUCAUAACUCAUCUUCCUGUUUCAAAAAAAUUAAUUAUCUCAACAUUUUCUUUAAAUUUGGUAACUCUAAACAAUUGACCAACCUAUCAACAAUCCAACUCAACUCCUAUAAAUCCCAAUUAUCUUCUUUCAAUCAACAUUUAAAUAAUAACAAUACCUCUAUUCAAACUCACACUUCCUACACAAAAUACCUAUCAAAUAAUCCUCUACUUUCAUCCUCUUAUACCCAUUUAAUCAAUAAUUGUUCAAAAUCAAAUUAUUUGAUUUUGCCCCAUUUUAUCAUAUCUUACGUUAUUCCAUUAAUCUACAACCCCAACGUCUCCAUCAUUGAUAAAAACUCUCCAGUUGAUUAUUUAACUUUCUCACAAUCUCUAAAAUUUGAUGAAUUAAAUCCUUUAUCAAAAUUUCUUUUGUCAUCUUCAUGCAAUUGUAAAAAUUGCUUGGUUUUCACCGGUUUAGACCUAAAUUAUAAAAAUAUCUAUAAUUUAAUCACAAAUGAGUCCUUCCUAUUAAUUUUAUUAUUAAGAAUUAAUCAGUUGAGAAUAUUUUCAAAUUACAAUUCAGCUAUUUUGUCAAACUUCUUUGAUUUUCCAAUCUUAUCAAACAAUUCAAAAUUAAUCGAUGAGUUCUCAUCAUCCUAUAACAUAUCUCUAAAUAAUAAUGAUUUGUUAAAAAUCUUAAUUUUGAUUUGCCAUUCUUUGAUUCCAAUCUUAUCAAAUAUUUUUAUUUGCAACGUUAAUAGCGAUUUGCACAAUUUACGGAAAAUCAUGGUUGGUGGCUUUUUUUAUCAAGUUAGAAGAGAUUGCCAAAAUAACAAAUAUCUUGAAUCGAUUUAUGAUUAA